UCGAGUUGUCGAUGGGCUGGUCAAUGAGCACUGAGCGGCUAAGUGUGACGGAGAUCCAAGGCCAGAUAUUUCAUUUAGCCCACGGGUAUAUAUGAUACAUGCUCCUCCAAUCCAGUAGGUACAAACCAAGAGGACCUUUACUUCCUGUUUCCUGGCAUGUCGUCCAACAACACCUCAAGUUCGGCAUUAGAAACGCAAACAUGUUCGAUUCCAGUACCAGUAUAUCGUCAUGCAGCACCCUCGGGACCAUGGCCUUGGGUAGAUUUCAACACCGACCUUUCAUCCUCUGAGCCACCAUUUCAAAAGGACGAGCACGAAUGGCGCGGAUACCCGCAAGAACUUUUCGGCAACUGGAGUCCGAUUCCAGUGACACGAAGCCAGAUGUUGACACGAUGUGCGCGCACCGUGAAACCGUGCAUCAUAUAUACCAUUGACGUAACGGGCGACGGUCAAUUCAAAACACGCGAGCGAGGGCUGCAGGUUCGGGAAAACGUCCGCGUUCGAGCGUUAUUCGUGGAUAACAUGUCGGAAUCCGUUUUGAAGAUGUUGGGGACGAAAUAUAACAUCGAGCCAUUCUUCUUUGCAUCCUCCAUAAACUGGAUUCCUUCGCGAUACCGGGAAGAGGUUCAACAUGGAGUGGGGGAUCAUAUCACAGUUAUCCUUCCUUUCAUUCGGACCACGGAGAAGAAAACGAAGACACAUUCUAGCUUAACGGGCAUGAAACGGAAUGAAAGGAAGAAUACUAUAGAUGUCAUGUUACCCCUUCACCUACACGGUAAUCCGUACUUGCUUUUAUCACGGUUUUGUCUAAGUCCUUUCACAGGCGAAUAUGUCCUUCUCAUCGACCUUCUGGCAAUCCAUAUGAUCCGCGGGAAGAAUUCCUCUACAAUCAUAACGUAUCAUCCUGCGCUGCGUGAUCGCACUACCGCCGAGCGCUUACAUCAGGUUAUGGAGCGUGCAGGUGGAAGUGUUUACUGGAAUAAAAUAUUCGUGGCGUCUGAAGAUCCAACCUUUUUCUUUCUGGCAAUCUUGUGGUACGCACUGUAUGCGUGGGAUGAGGCAUUUGAAGUGUUGUAUAACCGCAUCAAGGAUUUGGUGUGUAUGCGAUCUGUUCGAGUGGUGGGGAAGGCUCAUCAUGCACAGGAGGUGAUCUUGAAUGCCUCCGACUUCACCGCUAUGACCGACCUCAACUAUGACCUCCAUAGCCUUCAGGCGCACCUCCUCCAGUACCAAACCCUCCUUCAUGAUUUCGAGAUUUCGGUCACGUUUGUUAUGGAGACUCCAAACCCUGCAAUGGAAGAUUCAGAAAAUAAGACUACUACAGAAGAGCUGAUGCGACGAGAAUGCAAGAACCUCCUUUCCGAAAUCGACAGGUUGCACAGGAGAUGUUCGAUGUUAAUCAGUCGAUUAAAGAAUGCCACAGAUUUGGCAUUCGCGACUGUAAACAUUGAGGAUAGUCGUCAAACAUUCAAGUUAACGACGGCGGCCCUUCGAGACUCUGCAGCGAUGAAACAGAUAUCAUACCUCACCAUGAUCUUCUUGCCCGCCAGCUUUACUGCUUCGGUCUUUGGGAUGAACGUGCGCGAAAUUAACCCCGGCUCCCUAGAGACGAUCGCGCGCUAUGUUUGGGUGUCUUCGUUGCUGACUUUUGUCACGACAUGGAUCGUCAUCGCUUUCCAACCAUACAGUACAAUCCACAGGCCUGGAGCUAGUAUGUGGCGGAGGGCUGCUUGGCCUGCGUUCGUCCUCAGCUAUAAGAUUGUUCAGUACUCCAAGUCCUUCUGGAUCGAGGCCAAGAAGUCUACGGCACAGGAAAACAAUAUACCCUUGGGUCCAAUUCGCGGGAGAGGAGGUCAUUCUUCUGCAUUGAAGUUUGACGACGCAAUCUAUGAAGAGGAUGCAAUUGGUGGCUAA